GGACCCAGCUUUGGAAACCUGACACGACCCAGGAAGACCUGACAAAGCCAAAAUGAAAUUCGCUCUACUUCUGGCUCUUCUAGUCGGGGGCGCAUCUGCUCUUCAUCUGAGUGAAUCAUCAGGUCCUUCAGGGCCUGAAACUUCUGACUUCAAAAGUCCUUUGGGAGAUGACAACUUGACUAGGGAUGUGGAGAUCUCAAGACCGGAAGUAGAAGAGUGUCCUCCUGGAGAGGAGCUAAUAUCACUGGAGGAAGAGGAAGGUUCUGGAAGUGAUGACACUCCUGGUGUUGAGGGAGCUGUCUCAGGCCAGGAUAUGGCUGAUGAGGAUUUUCAGUGCCCCAAGGAAGAGGAUACAAUCAGUCUGAAGGGCAACCCUGGAUGUAAGACCUGUCGGUUCCUCCUGGUGAGGCGGUUUCUAAAGUUUGACAAAGCUCAGUCAGUUUGCCGGAGAUGCUACCGGGGCAACCUUGCCUCCAUCCACAGCUUCAGCAUCAACUUCCAAAUCCAGGCUUCUCUCAGGGCACUCAACCAGGCUCAAGUCUGGAUUGGAGGCAGGAUCAGAGGCUUGGGUCCCUGCAAACGCCUUCAAUGGGUUGAUGGAAGCUCUUGGAACUUUGCAUAUUGGGCUUCUGGCCAGCCCCGCUGUGGUAUUGGCAGAUGCGUGACUAUGUGUACUCGAGGAGGCCACUGGCGUCGAUCUUUGUGUAUCAAGAGACGUCCCUUCAUCUGUUCGUAUUGAGCUGGUCCCAGCCAGGAGUUCAAAUCCAUGCUCUUCUGGGCAACUGCCUCUCUUUUCCUGCCAGAUGCCCCCUUCUUUCUCCUACCUACAAUAAAACGGCUUUACUGAACCA